AUGGUUGCGAUUGCGAGAGUUUCGGGAUGUAAAGUCGGACCCCCGGGGCGAGUUGAGGUGGUAUUUUUGUCAUACGUGGAAGGGCCCCUCUCUUCCGACUUGCACCCUCGAUCGACGUCGACGGAGGGAACGUGUUACGGCGAGGACGCUGCAUUCAUAAACACCGACGACGAGAGGACAAGAGCCCGGCAUACCCUGGUCUUUGCGCUACCCCCGAUAGGAGCACCCCACCGCCGACACUUAUACUCUCUCACUCGAUUCGCGUUAGGCGGCCCUUUCUAUCUCUGCCCGCCCCGAGUACCCCCCCGGACGGACGCGUCUUGGACCAGCAGCAUUCAUCUGAACACCCUCCGAGUCCAUAUUCCCGCCUUAGAUGAUUGCAACGAUCACGCAGACGCACAGGAUGCCUUCCGGGACGACCACGACCACGACGACCCACGCCUCGCGCAACGCCAACGGAGCGGGGGGCCCGCUGCCUCUCAUCCCCCGGCGCCAGUCAUCCACAUCCUCCUCCUCGAAUUUCUCUUCGGCCUCGUCUUCGUCGCGCGGCGCACUCCAGACCUCGGCAUCGCUGCCCGCCCUACUACGACCAUCACGACCAUCACCCCCGCCACACCGCCAAGAGACGACUCCGACUCUUCGACCACAACUACGACCUCGGACGGGACGCGCCCUACGAUCCGUACGCGGCGCGUCCGCGGUGUACGCCAUACCAGUGGCACCCAGCAGGUGUGCCCUCCUGAAUUGUCGACGCCUACACCGACGCUCGCUGCUGCUGCGGGGACACCCACACCCACACCAAGUGCCACCACCCCCGGUUCCAGAAACAAUAUCGGUAGUCAUACCCCUGAGUCUGCGUCGACACCCCGCCCCGCCACCUCGUCUGCACCCGCACACACCCCCGUCUCAGCCUCCUCUUCUCUUUCGAUCUCAGGAUCAAGACACCUCCUGUACACCCCCGGCAUGCCUCUGCGCCUGAGCGUCGACUCUCUCAAGGCGGGCCGGUACAACGCGCACAAUAUCGGAAGUGAGACACCUUCCUCUUCCGUCCAGGGCUCGCAGUCCGCCUCCGCGCUAUGCACCUCCUUCCCCUCCUCCCUGUCGUCCAGCACCACAACAAGCUCGCUCGGGCUAAGCCCCUCGCCCGCGAUCGUGCGCAAGAAGUCCGGGCAGCUCGUCAAGCCCUCCCUCAAGCCCUCGCGCUCGUCCACGCCUACCGCGCCUUCCUUCACCUUAUCCCCCCACACACUCUCCCCUCGCGCCUCCUCCUCUGGCUUCCCCUCCUCCCUCUCCCUCCCAUUCCCCGGCCACCCAAGCAAGAGCGAACCCACCACACCCACCGCGUCCAUCUCCAAAGCGGUCCACUUUGACGCGCAGCUCGAGCAUGUGAGGCUGUUCCUCGCGGAACAGCGACCGACUGCGGUGUCGAGAGAUGGGAGCCCGGUGCAGACGGAGACGGAUGGGGAAGAGACGAGUGGGACGGAUAGUGAUUUCCCGAGGUUUAUCUAUGGGAGCGGGUCGGGGGUGGGGUAUGGGAGGGAGGGGGGCAAGGAGAAGAGGAAAGCGGAGAGUGAGGGACAGGGAGGGAGGCUGGUGAUGCACCUGGCGAAUAUGCCGUCGAGCCCGGGGUGGGGGAGGGAUGUGGUGUUGGAGUCUUUGGUCCUUUCAUCACCUUCCAACCCUCCCUCGUCCUCAUCGCCCUACACCCCUUCUUCACAAGACACAGGCGCGACCACCAUCACGGGCACGAUCCGCGUGCGGAACCUCGCAUACACCAAGCUCGUCGCUGUGCGCUUCACGUUUGACGCGUGGCUCACGACGUCGGAGGUCGCGGCGCGCUGGGCGGAGUCGAUUAGUCCGGAGUGGGACCGCUUCUCUUUCGUCCUUCGUGUUGGGGAGGGGUUGAUGGGGGUUGGGAGCAGUGGUGCAGGGUAUGGGGGAAAUGGGUAUGGAGGAAAUGGACAGGGCGGAGGACAGGGCGGAGGACAGGGACAGGGACAAGGACAGAGAAGGAUGGAGCUCGCGGUGCGGUAUACGGUGGAUGGCAGGGAGGUGUGGGAUAAUAAUGGCGGCGGGAACUACGUCGCUACGUUCUCGAGGGAGCCUCCUCCCAGGGCUUUGACCUCGACCUCCUCUUCGACCACAUCCUCGUCGUCGGCGUCGGCGUCGGAGAGGGAGGAUAGGCUGGAUAGGCUGGGAAGAGAGGAGAGGAAGGAGAGAGAGGCCAAGGCGGACCUGGCGGACUUGAAGAGCAAGUUGGAGAAGGUCGCUACUGGUGCCAGCGUCGCCUCUUCCUCGAAGUACCAGCACCAGUACCAACACCAGCACCAGCGACAACGCCAGAGCCGCACGCAGGACGACGCGAGCACGGCGUUCAAGAGCAGUGCGUCCUUCGCGUCGAGGUAUGAUUUUGCGCAUAGCUUGAAGAGCGCUUGGAGGCCGCCGCCGCCUGCUCCUCCUGCUUCUGUCAACAGCAGUGUGACGGGUGGGCCAGGGUUGUUGGGCCAGCACCAUCGGACGCACUCGUUCCCUGCGAGUCGGCGGGCCUCUGGGGUUUCCUCUUCCACUGGUUCCGCCAAUACCAACGCUCCUUCCCUUUCCUACGCCUCAGGCUCGAGUGCGAACGCCAACUCCAAUCCAAACGCAAACGCAAAUGCAAACGCAAACUCGCAAGCAAGGUCGAGCUCGAGCUCGAUACCAUGGCCACAAAAAGCGCCCUCGGACCCGUACGCGCUGCGCCGACCGGCGUUGCCUAGGAUCUCGAAUUCGGGGAAGCAGCGCGCACCCGAGGCGAGCUUGGGCUCGCCGCGCGAUCGUGAUACGAGCGAGGAUGUGUUCCGCCCCUCGCACCCAGUGCCAGUGGAGAGGGAGGGGGAGGGGGAGGGGGAGGGGGUGCCGUUCGUCGUCGCGCCUCAGCCGCAAAGCCACCAGCAGGCGAAGGUGUCCCAGAGGAAGCAGGAGCGAGGAGCCAAGACGCAUCAUCGGGGCGGGUAUUUUGACCUUGUGUUUCCUUCGCCGACACCGAUCCAGGGAGCGAGCCCGGCGUCGCCGCCGAGGUUUAAUUCGUUCCCGCCUGUUCGGGUAGGGGCGAGUGGGGGUGUGGGUGGGGGCGGGGCGCUCUCGUCUACGGCGCUGAGGAGCCCGACGGGUGAGAGCCCAAUGCAAAGCCCGGCGAUAUUGACCCCGACGCCCGUCUCGCUCCCGGUGUACAAGUUGGACGGGCUGCUCGCGCCUCCUCCACCCGCCAUCGCCAUUCGGCCACCGCCCCACAGCACCGACACCACCUCGUCCAGCGCGCUCUCUACACCGUCGAUGGUUACGCCGUCGAGCUCGAGGUCGACCACGCCGUCGCCGACGCCUGAGAUGUUCAUGCGGGGGCUGGGGGUGCCGAUGGGGGUUCCUGGCUCCGGCUCCGGCUCUGAUGGGGAUGAGAAGGUGGAAAUGGGGGGGAAGGAGACGGCGAGGGAGGGAGGGAUGCAGCAGGCGAUGAGUGUCAGCCCUGAGGCGCAUUAUCGGCAGUUCUUGAACAAAUUCUGCUUCUUCACAGGCCCCAACUCGGCGUACACACCCGCCUCUGCGCCCACGUACCCCUCGUACAACCCCGCACACCCAUCCUACGCCUCCGCCCACGCCCACACCCACGCUUCCUACCACACGCACCACACGCACCACCCCACUUACCCCGGCGUCGGGGAAGACGACGACGACAACAUCCCGCGCACGCACUCCGCUUCCUCGAUCGAGGAGUUCCUCUCGGGCCUGUCUCCGCGGCUCGAAGCGCUCGCCGCAGCGGGACGUACGGGGCGGCCCACCUCGCCUACGCGCUCGUCGAGCUUGGACGACCUGAUGUUGAGCCGGAGCACGAGUGGGAGCUUGACGCCGACGCCGAGCAUGUCGAGGCUGUCGACGGUGGUGGCGGGUGGCGGGUGUGCGUGA